AUGAUGAAGGCAUUUGAUCGUGUCUCUUGGCCUUUUCUUCGAGCAGUUCUUGAUAGAUUCAGAUUCCUGGUGGCUCUCAUCAACCUGGUCAUGAACACUCUGGAGGCGACACAGCUCUCUGUUUUGAUUAACGGGGUAAGUUGUGGCUUUUUUCAACCGACGAGGGGAGUCAAGCAAGGAGAUCCACUCUCCCCCCUCCUCUUCAUUCUCGCCUCGGAAUCUCUGUCUUGCUCUCUCAUAUUAAAAAUGGGCACGGGCAAGCUGGCUCCGUACUCAUCGAGGAUAAAUUGCCCAAUAGCUACCCACUUGGCAUUUGCAGAUGACAUUGUUAUUUUUGUCAAUGGAUCGUCUGAUGGAAAACCAAAAAGACAUUGGGUGACGUGGAGGAAAGUUUGUCUAGCUACAAAUAAAGGCGGUUUGGGGGUCCGCUGUCUAGCAUCAAUUCAGGACGCUUGCUCUGCAAAGCUUCACUUCAACUUUCUAAAAGGGGGGACUCUGUGGAGCUCCUACAUGCACACCAGAUAUCUUGAUGUUGCAACGAGGCAGAUUGGUUCUCUCACAUGGAGGCGAAUGCAGUUCUUGAAGGAUUUCGUCGAGGACAAUAUCUCCACUUCAUCAGGAGUUUUGGUGUGGACUCCAUCAGUUUAUGACAGCUUCACGUUCUCUUCGGCCUAUGAUUCCCUCCGACCAAAAGCGGGGCGUUGUCUCUCUUCAUCUAGUGUGCGGGGCGAUUUGAUCCCCGCAAAGAUAUCAAUGUUUAUGUGGAGACUGUUAAGAAAGUUGCUGCCUUUCCCAAAUAUUCUGGAAUCCUUUGGCUUCAGUUUACCCUCGAUCUGCCUCCUUUGCAAGAGCGCAAGUGCUAGCCUUGAACACUGCGUUCAUCAGUGCUGCUUUGCCUAG